AUGACUGCCUCUGCAAACCCCCGACCUAGUCGUCCUCCAAGAACCUCGUCUACUUCUAGGCCUACCUCCUCCGCUCGUCCCAGGACCUCGCCUACAUCCCGGCCUACCGCCUCUGUUCAUCCCCGAACCUCGCCUACCACCUCUGUUCGUCUCCAAUCAGCCGAUUCUUCCCGACCGACUCCCAGCCCGAGUCGCGGCCAUGGUCGAAGAUCAGCCAACGUAACUUAUGCCAGCCCUUCCUUCAGAGAGGCAUCUCAUGCGGCUUAUCGGGCACGUUCUGUAAACGACCACUCGAGUCGGGAUACACCCUCUUCUUCCCAACGCAGGGUUCGGCUGCCCUCUGAGGAUUCUGAUUCGGAUGAUCAGCCCUUGGCUUACAAAUUGUGCCGCAGAACUACCACUCCUAGACAAGACUUGGGCCCUUCCCCUAUUCCUCAUCCUUCGCCUCCUGUUGCAACUACUGCUCCUAUCCCGAGCCAGGCAUAUGCUCCUCCUGAUCCUCCCGAGGUUCCGGUCGAGCCUCCACUAGAUCAACCUUCACAUGCAUAUGCUCCUCCUGAUCCUCCCGAGGUUCCGGUCGAGCCUCCACUAGCUCAACCCUCAUCCUCGCAACAUCACCAGAGCACUGAAGCUAGCCCUUCACAUCGCCCUGCACCAACUACCUCACAUCCAGAGCCCGCCCAUGUGCCUCCUUCAGCUCCCUCUGACUCGGCCGCUGGGCCUUCACAGCCUCCACCACCUACUCAUCAUCAUUACUGUAUCACUACCCCUUCCGAGGCUAUGUUAAGGUCACGACAAGACGUUCCCACCAGCACCUUGAUAAUGAAAGGUCAUUUGGCCACUCUAUGGGAAGAAAGUAUGAGUCAUAUGGAACACUUGUCAUCGACUGCCCAAAUGGAUAAAUUGUCGGAGCUGUAUAUCAUGGCUUGUGCAGAGUCCUUGAUAAUAAAUCAAUCCUUCCAUGCCACUCAUUACCAGAAUAAAGUACUGCAGGAUAGGGUAACGGGAUUGGAGCUUCAGUUAAAUGACCCCGCACAGGCUAAUUAUGCCCUGAGAGCUGAAAUAAAGGACCUGACCAAAAGGAAUACCCAUCUAGAAGUAUCCCUAGCGUAUGCUAACCAGAAGCUUAAAGGCCUUCAAGAAGAAAAGAGCCAGAUUGACAUCGCACACCAGCAGCGCUUGGAUCAACAAGCUUUGGUGCAUCAAUGA